UUUGGAUAUAUACUUUUCCAAGUGCCUUGAGCAUUUAUUUGUAAAAUUUCGAAACCAGAUAAGAUUUCCAUUUUUGCAGUAGACUUCAAAAACCAAAACGGACCGGAUAGGCAAAUAAAAUUUGAAAGCAAAAUUACAAAACACACACAAUAAAAAAAGGCACUACACAUUGCAGAAAGUUCAAGUAAGCCAAAAGAACCUUUCGGCCCAAAUUCAAAUUAGUUGUUCGUUCUUGUUAGUCAUCGGAGGUGCGGUGCAAUCCAACAUUCAACAUUCAGUGGCAUGCAGCAGAAUAUCUGGAGCUCGCCGCAAGUGGGUGGUUCGGGUGGUGCUCUCAAGGCCCUGGCUCGGAAUGUGGCCAAUCAUCUGAAGCUGAACAGGACCAGCAUGAAGCGCGUGGUCGCCCAGGUGGUCGCCGAGCAUCACACACUCGGCGAGGUGGCCGACUACAAGGGUCACAUGUACUUUGCCAAGCCGGAUCGCCUCAACUUCCAGGAGCUGAUUGCCCAGUCCAAGGAGGCCUUCGAUGAUCUGGUCCUCCACGAGCCGCGCUUGGGCAGAAACCGGGGCAAUCACCUCCGGCCAAGGAACACGUACAACUCGAAGGUGCAUCUGCAGAUGAAGGUAUCACCGCCGCAAUUGAAAAUGCCAGCGAAGAAAUCCUUGAGCGCUAGGAAGCUAACUUCAGUUAAAAAGGCGAAAAAUGAGCUGCGCAGGAAGUGCUCCACCACCAUUUUCCAGCUGGCGGAUGCAGGUCGUCGCAGUCUGAACGGUGUUAUCAUCGACGACACGCAUUUGCCGCCUAAUGGUGAGCGGAGGGAGAUCCUGCUGCACGUUCCUUCGGCCCACGCAAAGCGUCCUCGCAGGCGCCAGCCACUCACCAAGCCUGCUCCCCAAGCCAAGGACCAAAAGUCUCGACCGAGUCUGAAUCGUAUUCCAAAGGCUGAAAUGGAAAUGGAACCAAAGCUCCAAGCUCAGAAGUCCAACCAGAAACAGCUGAAAAGGCCCAGACCAUCAAAGAUUCUUAAGCAACGAGAAGAGAAGAAAUCGCACGGGGAGCCAAAGAAUCAACAGAACAACCUACAACCUCGCUCUCCCACCUCAAAGGGAUCUCCUUCGCCAACAACCUCACUGCAAAAAGAGGCAUCAUCUGUUCAGAAAAUAGGCCAACCCCUCCGCCCGAGAAAAUCGCAAAGAAAAAUCAGCGCCAGGAGAAAUGCUUCCUUUCAGCGCAUAAAAGCAGGAAACAGCACCCAAAACCACCAACCUGUCGUACAUCAUCCCGUAAAAUCUUACUUGGUUAAGAGGACCCAAACCAGAUCGAAGUGGAGGCCACUCAAAAAGAAGAUUCCUCUGCUGCACAGAACCUACGAGAAGCCCUGGCUAAUAAGACGCACCAAGAGGAGGCGUUUGAGUGGAGGAUCCCAUGGGCACAAGCUGCAGAAGAAGGAAAGUCAGGCGAAAGCAAUCAAGAAACUGGAUAAAAUCGACGUGGAGUGGGUGGAAAAGUCCGAUAGGGAGAAAACCGAACAGUCAUCACCAAGGAGCGCCGCCAAAGUGGAGAAGGGGAAAAGUGCUGGUAAAUUGAAGCCCAAAAGGAUCACUCACGUGGCUCGUCAAAUGCGCAACGUAAGCUUUCCGUGGUACACGCCCUACCAAUUUCAAGGGGCCGCCGGAGCAACCCAGCGUCCGAGUGCUGGGGCAGGCGUACCACCCUAUCAACUGCUGAAGGAGAAGACCCGCAAGCUGAGCCAACGACUGGCGGUGACCCAGCCAAUGCCCCACCAAAUGCGACGUGGCCAGAACUUCACCAGCCGCCAGAGGCACAAUCGCCGCAUGCAGGAGCGUCUGAUGAGGGACUUGCAACGCGAGGAGGCCAUCGACGAGCCACUGAGCCACGGAUCGGGAGUGUUUCGCCGGUCUCGUGGUGGAUGGCAACAACAGCAGCCACAAAAGCUGACUAUUAGGGAGAUGGAAAAGCCGGGAAAGUCGGAGAAACCAAAGCAGAUCAAGGAGCAUCGUUCUGUGGAGCGGGUGAGCUCACGCACCAAGCGUUUGGUCAAACAAGACAAUCGCCGGCGCCAGCCCACCAACGCCUCCAUGGUCCCGUCGUCGCCUCGAAGGAUUACCAUCACCGUCAACAAAAACUCUCCAAGUCGUUCGCUUUCCAGCCCUCGGAUCCGGCGAAGAAACCGAUCCGUCCCGGUGGACAGCAGCCUGGGCAGCAUUGCUCUGAUGGGCCAGCCGCAGCAGUCGAAGCACACUCUCACUCCGGCCAAACGCCACCUGACCAUCGCAUUCAUGGACAAGAGAUCGGAGCGCACCAAUCCGGCCACUCAGAUGUGGAAAUGAGACUUGACGAUUGAUUCCUUAUUUUGAUCAGUUGGACGGUUCAAUGACUCUGAUCCCUGCCACACGACAAUACACACACUCUUACUCUUUGGCACUCUCUUUUUGCAAUCCUGCUGGAUUAUCCAUGAAUUACGUUUGUUUUGUUUCGUACCAAUAAAUUAUCAAGUUGGGUGCUGAUGGUGCCGUUAUUCCCAUAUUGUACAUAUAUACCUUAUAAA